UUUGACGAACCAUUUUGGCAUUGGUAUGCGGAUUCGUACUCCAGGCCCAAUAAUUAUAGAGAAAUUGAAGGUCUUUUAAAACCAACUACUAAAAAGAUUACCUCUAAUUCUACAGCAGUAACCACGAUUAUCAAGUAUUUCGAGACUUUGAAAUUGAACCCUAUACCGUCUAGUAACCAGGUAGUUGCGUUACUAAAAUCUCCAUUCACUCAGGGAGAUAUCACUAAGACAUUUCAUCUAAUACGAUUUUAUCAAUUAAGUAGUGAUGGAUUGUUUAUAACUAAUGAGGGUGCCGAUAAGUUUGGUGGAGUUAUUAACUAUGUAGGGGCAGAGAAUUGGGAGAAUGUUAUGUGUUAUUUGGAUGCUUUGUUAUUUUCAAUGUUUGCCAAUUUAGAAAGUUUUGAACCAAUGCUAUUUAUCUCAAAUCAACAUGAUAAUUAUUUAAAUAAUCAAUUGGGUGCUUUAUUAAGAUUAUAUGUUAACUUGUUAAGAUCAGGGAACUUAAUAACAACGGAUUUAACCAUUCGAAUAUGUGAAACUUUGAAAAAAUUGGGAUUUGAUGAAGCAAUGAGCCAUAAACAACAAGACUCAGCUACAUUAUUUGAAUUCUUAACAGAAACUUUAUUAAUGCCAUUAUUAACGUUUAAGAUCGAUAUUAAGCAUGGGGGGAAAUCCGAUAAAGAUGAUCGGAAAUAUUCAAAGGAAAGAAUCUUAUUUGUUAGUAUACCUGAAGAUGAUAUUGAUGAUUCCAAAAUUCCGGUCGACAAGAAAGAAGAAGAAGAAGAAGACGGUAUCCUUCUAGAAGAAUGCCUUGAACAUUAUUUCAAUAAUUCCAUCAGUGUUAAAAGAGAACUAGAAAGACGAGCAACUUUUGAAUCAAACAAAAGGUUAAGUGAUUUAACUGCUAAUUUGGGCGAUGUCACUAUCAAUGAUAUACCAGAAGUUGUCGAAUCAAAUAAAUUUGAACCAACUCAUGACCACAUAGAAGUGAGUGAAUCACCUCAAAGACAUAGAAGUGAUAGUAAAAACCAGACCAGAUUCCAAACUAGAACUAGAUCCUCUACUUUGUCUUUAUGGUCAACAAAUAAUCCCGAUAGUGAUCAAACUUCAAAAGAAGUCAGUUUACCGGCAUGGAUGUUUUUAAGACUUCUACCUUUCUACACAGACGAUAAUGAUUUAAACCAACUCAAUGAAAGCGUGGCAAAAUCUUCUACCGAAUUUGCUAAAAGAAAACCUAUUUUACCAAUAUGCUUAAAACGCUACUCUUUUAAUCCACAAAAUUCUCAAGCAAAUAGAUCCCAAAAGAGAAUUAUAAUACCACCGAUUAUUAAUCUACCCCAAUUCGUUGCUGAUGAUAUAAAUGAUGAAAUAUCGGGUGAAUAUAAACUUAUCUUAGAAAGUGCCUUAUGUCAUCGUGGUACUUCUAUUUCUUCCGGUCAUUUUGUAUCUGCAAUUAGAAAAAAUACCCACAAUAUAAAUCAGCUGGAUGAUGAAGCUAGUAAUGCUACUUGGUAUUUAUACGAUGAUAUGAAGAAAAAAUCAAGAGUUGUUGAAAAGUCUUUCAAAGACAUUUUCUCCACAGAAUGGCCUUAUAUGCUAUUUUAUCGUCUUGUUUCAAUUGAUGAAUCUAAUAAUAAGUUUAAUUCUUCAACUUCAAGCUUACUUUUGAAGAAUUAUAACGCAGGAGGUUCUUCUAAUGCUUCAAUAAAUUCAAAUCCAAUAAUACCUCCAAAGGGAUUCAAAACUAAAUACUGGUCUGAGGAAAAUAACGAUGAAACCUUAACCCCAAUAAUGUCUAUAUCGAAUUCAAAUGUUGCAAGCACUUCAAGCAUCCCCAUUCCAGAUAUUCCCCCAACUGACUCCAAAUUCGUUGAUAUUAGAGAUAAGUAUUUCUGGUAUGUUACUGAUCAAAACAAGAACUAUUUCAAAGAGUUACCAAAUCCAACUCCUACAACUAAAGCAUCGUCUCAUCGUGAUUUUUCAAUUAAUCUGAAUGUUGGUAUAAGUACCAGGGUUAGAAGAAAUAGUCAAUGGAGUGAUACAGCUAGUUCUUCAAAU